AAAAGGUAGGGAAAGGAAGAGUUUUUGCUUUCUGACUCCCUUAUCUUCGACCGCAACAAACGUCCAGUGGCUAAGAGAAAAAACACUGCAUCUGCUCUCUGACUGCCGAUCUUCGGGAGGAGUGCCUUCAUUCUGAGUUACUUAUAGAAGAAUGGUAACUUCAUUAGCUAUUUCUAUACGUUUGGGCUUCGUGGGGUCAUGCCGGAGCACAGAUUCUGUUUCAUUAUCCUCUCGAAGAAGCUCAGGCAGAUUGGUUUUUGCCGCCUUGCCCAAUUCCCAUGGAAUAUCUAGUAGAACUCAGGGUUUACCUCUAAAGCUCAAUGAGCAGGUUCACCAUCCUACCGAUCCAAGUUAUGGUGUGCUAGCAGCCAAAAGAGGCAAUCCUCCCAUAAUGCCAGCUGUAAUGACUCCUGGAGGACCUUUAGAUCUUUCAUCUGUAUUGUUCAGAAACCGUAUAAUCUUCAUUGGACAACCUAUCAAUUCACAGGUGGCUCAACGAGUUAUAUCACAGCUUGUUACGUUGGCCACCAUAGAUGAAGAUUCAGAUAUACUGGUGUACCUGAACUGUCCUGGCGGAAGCACCUACUCCGUCUUGGCAAUUUAUGACUGCAUGUCUUGGAUAAAGCCUAAGGUAGGCACUGUGUGUUUUGGAGUAGCUGCAAGCCAAGGAGCACUGCUUCUUGCUGGUGGAGAGAAGGGAAUGCGCUAUGCAAUGCCAAAUGCACGUAUUAUGAUACAUCAACCACAGAGUGGAUGUGGGGGUCAUGUGGAGGAUGUGAGGCGCCAAGUCAAUGAAGCCGUUCAAUCUCGUCAUAAAAUUGACAAGAUGUAUGCUGCUUUUACCGGCCAACCUCUAGAGAAAGUUCAACAGUACACUGAGAGAGAUCGUUUUUUAUCUGCUUCUGAGGCUUUAGAGUUUGGUCUCAUUGAUGGGGUUCUAGAAACAGAAUACUAGAUACUGGCUCCUGCGUGAUAUCUGUUGAUUCCAAGAUCAUAAUCUCGCAUCCUUCACUUUGGAAUCUUACCUGCUAUUUGGCGAUUCCAUGCUCUUUCAACUCACACAAACUACCAAUGAGCUUCCUGAUGAUUCGGCUCUUGCUAUUAACUAGGAGGUGCAAAAUAUUAACCUCAAACUCGUCAUGUAAAUUAUAGUGCAAAUCAUUUGAAAUCUUAUUUGAACGAGUUAUCUAUGGAUUCAAAGUGCCAAAAAUUUAGUAGGCAAACUCUUAAUAGUUUUGAUUAUGUUAUUGAUUACAGAUAAUACUUUUUGUUCUUUUA